CCUCUCAGUCGCCUCAGGACGUCGAAGAAGCAGGUCAAGGAAAGUCAGGGAGCUUCAGUGACCUGCCCACGGGCAAGUGCCGGCAAAGGAGAGGUCAGAAAAUGUCUGGAAAAGACAGAGAUCCGUGUGUAAAGUUUCUGAAGGCUCAGAGAAACUCUGAACUUUUUUUUGCAGCUUUUGGGUCUAUGAGGGAAUAUCUGUCCGAAGAAUAUCUUCAAACUCUUACAGAAGAAGAGGCAUUGAAUAUAAAAGAGAAUGACAAAUCACUUUAUAUCUGUGACCCAUUUAGUGGCAUUGGCUUUGAUCAUCUCCAAAAGAUUGGCUGUAGAAUUGUUAGCCCACAAGUAAUUAUAUUUUGCAUACAGCAUCACCGAUGCAUCCCAAAAUCGGAGUACCCAGUUUACAAUAUGAUUAUGGCAGAUAUAAUUAUUUCUUGUACAAGCCUCCACAAAGAAACAAAGAAAGAAAUUCAUAAAUAUGUACAAAUGAUGGGUGGACGAUUCUGCAGAGAUUUGAAUAUGUCAGUCACUCACGUUAUUGCUGGGCAAGUCGGCAGCCAAAAAUAUUUAGUGGCUGCAAGCCUAGGGAAACCUAUUAUGCUCCCUACUUGGAUAAAAGAGCUUUGGAAGAAGUCACAAGAGAACUGUAUGGCACGAUGUAAAGAUAUAAAUAUGGAACAUUUCAAGUGCCCUUUGUUUCUUGGCUAUACGAUUUGUGUGAGUGGCUUAUGUGCCCUGGAAAGAAGGGCAAUCCAGCACCUCACAACUGAACAUGGAGGUCACUAUAUGGGACAUCUGCAAAUGAAUGAAUGCACACACCUCAUUGUUCAAGAACCAAAAGGUCAGAAAUAUGAAUAUGCCAAAAGAUGGAAUAUACACUGUGUGAGAGUUCAGUGGUUUUAUCACAGUAUUAAAAAGGGCUUUUGUCAAGAUGAAGCUAUGUACAAGACAGAGCCUGUAUUAGAAACAAAGAGUGAGCCAUGUAUUUCAACUGCUCUGGGCCAGAACAAUGAAGCUAGUGGUUACAUUAAUGAAUCUACACAUAAUUCAGUUAUGAACAGCAACCUGGGAUCUCUUCUUGAGAAUCUACAAAAUCUGGAUAUCAGCGCAUUUCAAGCACCUGUGAAUUUACUAGACGGCUGUCGGAUAUACCUUUAUGGGUUUCGUGACAGAAAGUUAGAUCAAGAUAAACUAAGAAGACUUAUUAAUUGUAGUGGUGGAAUUUGCUUUAAUCAGCUCAAUGAUGAUGUGACCCAUGUUAUUGUUGGAGAUUAUGAUGAUGAGUUAAAACAGUUUUGGACUAAAUCAACACACAGGCCUCGUAUAAUGGAAGCAAAAUGGUUGCUGGAGUGUUUUAAUAAAGGUUAUCUGCUUUCUGAGGAGGAAUAUAGCCAAUUGAAUUGCCAGCCAGUCGAGAUACCUAUAUCAGAACAACCAGGAAUGAAAAGGAAUAACAGUUUUUCCGAGAUAGAAUUUGCAGAUGCUGAAAAGCAUCAGCAAGCUGAUGAAGACUUACUCUCUCAGAAUGACAAUGAGGACAUGAUAGUAGAUGAUGAUGAGAUGUCUGGAGCUGAGGUCUUUAAUGAUCCCUCUCAUAUUACUGUACAAAUGGAAAAUCAGUCUUCCUUUGGCUACAACUUACUGCCUGAGACUCCUACAAUUAUUGAAGGUUUAUUUAGCCAGAAGAAUUUCCUUGUUGUAGGUUUUAGUGAAGAAGAUGAAUCUUUCAUUGCCAAUGCUAUUAAAGAAAAUGCUGGAAAAAUAUUGCCCCUCCAAAGUAGAAUGCUUGCCAACUAUGUCGUGGUUCCUUUGCUGGGGUGUGAAGUGGAGUCAGCUGUAGGAGAAGUUGUUACAAAUACUUGGCUGAUUACUUGUAUUGAACAACAAAACAUUUUUGAUCCAGAGUCAAAUCCACUUUUCAUGCCAGUACCAGUAUUGGAAGGAAGUGGUACUCCUCUAGAAAACUGUGUCCUUUCCUUCAGCCAAUUUAUUGGAGCAGAGAAAGAUUCCUUGGUAUACUUAGCAAGCCUGCUUGGAGCAAGAGUUCAGGAAUUUUUUGUGUGCCAGGGCAGUGCGAAGAAUGACAUGCUUGCCAGUACCCAUCUUAUAGUGAAACAACCAGAUGAUUCUAAAUAUCAGGCUGCACAGAAAUGGGGAUUACCUACAGUGUCCAUGGCUUGGAUUUUGGAGACUGCUAAGUUGGGGAAGAGAGCAGAAGAAUACAAGUUUCUGGUUGGAAAUCUGCCCAAACAAGAGUGAUACUACUUUAUACAGAGAGGAAAAAAAUCCUUCACAAGACAACCCAAGAUAAGCAAUUAUACCUUCACCAACCUACUACAAUGCUUUAAUAAAAGCUGCUUCUUUUGAUGACAUAAUAGAAUAGUUCCAUGAAAGUAAUGAUAAAGCCUGCACAGCACUAUUUAUGCCACCCUUUUAUUGCUCAGGGUUUAUACAUGGCUUUAUAGACAAUGCCUUUCUUGUGAUCCUGGUCAAAUAUUAAGGACUCUGUUAUUAUGAACGUCUAUUUCCUAAACUUAGUCAUUUCUAUUUUGCUUUUUUUGUUCCAUCUGGAUUCAUGGCUGGGAAUCCAAUUUGUAUAAUUGUUUUAGGAUUCUAUUUAAUAAGCUACUGUGCAAACACAUUUUUCAGUCUGAUUUUUGAUAAUAUACAGUUACCUGACAACUGUCCACAAAAGAAUAUUUCUGUCAGUUGCCAAUAUGAUAUCUGUGGCAUUGUUACAAGUCCAUGUAGAAGAGUUAUGCUAGUCUUUCUUCCUCAAAUGGAAGGCAGAAAUGGCAUCUCUGCUAGGCUUAGUUAUUCUUUCUGUGAUGAAAAUUUCUAGAAGCAUUUGUUCACUUUGAAGCUGAAUUUCUUGGGAUGUAAUGUCCCAACGUUUACUGUUAUCUUUUGCUAUGGUAGAAUGAGAAAACAUUAAUAUACAAGUAGACAAAAAUGUAAGUUUUUAAGUUUAUCUCUGCUGUGAUGUUUGUUUUUAUAUCUUACGACCCUCAUGCUUUUUUUUUCUUUCCACUUUUCAAGAGUACUUGUCCCUAAGUGAUGGUAAGAGCAACUAUCACCUGGACAAAGCAGUCCCAAGUCACUAAAAUUAUUGCCACCACUCACUGCUGCAUUAUUCCUGUGGUCUAUGGGUUUUCAAAUGAGACAUUUUGAAAAUGUCUCUACCUUUUCCAUCCCUAUAAGUAAUAAUGAAAUUCAUUUCAAUGAGGAAUUGUAACAACAGUUGCCUACAAGAAGCCAGCUGUGCCAUUCUACUGGAUUUAAACUGUGUUCAAAUGUAUACUGAAUAAAGUUUCAUUUAAUUUCA